AUGAUUAGAGCCGAACACCAGUAUAAUCCGGUGGAAAAGGAGUGCCUUGCUUUGGUGUUUGCUGUCCAGAAGAUGCGAUACUACUUAGUAGGCCAAACAAUCCACGUCAUCUCUAAGAAGGCUGUCAAAGGCCAAGCUUUGGCAGAUUUUUUACCCAACCAUUUGGUAUCUGAAUCAUCCAAAUUAUAUGAAGAUUUACAAGAUGAAGUCACCGAAGCUUGUGUAACUCAAGAAAUUAUACUAGUUUGGAGGUUGUUCUUUGACGGUGCGUCUAGGGCAAACCCUAAUAGAGGAAUCACUGCUAGUGUAGGGGUAGUACUUGUAUCCCCAGGAGGCCAUGUAAUCCCAAGAGGAUUCUCUCUAAUCGAGCCAUGUACUAACAAUGUAGCGGAGUACAAUACUUUACUACUAAGGAUGCAGUUGGCCGAAGAGCUCAACAUUCGACACCUCGAGGCCUACGGUGACUCUCAACUUAUCGUGAAUCAAGUUCGAGGAGAAUAUGAAGUGCGUAAUAAGGAUUUAUUCUCAUACCACUUCGCUGUGUUAGAACUAGCUCAGAAGUUUAAGGGCUUCUUCAUUGAAUACAUCCCACGAGCCCAGAAUACAUAUGCGGAUGCUUUAGCCUCAUUGGCAACUUCUCUAGCAUUGCCACCAAAAGAAGGGACGACGAUAUUCGUUAUGGAUCAUGAUUUGUAUCACCCAAAGUUUCUCUUAGAACACUGCUCAAAUGAGACUACAACAGAGAUUGCCUGUGCAACUUCAAUUGAGCUGGAACUAAGGGAUUGGCGAUUCUCAUAUAUUGAUUACGUCUUGUACGAGAUACUACCUGAUGAUGCUAAAAAAGCGACCGCCAUCAAACGGAAGGCUCUUUGA